CUUGCUUGCACUCUCAUCCGCCAUGUCAACCGCGUCAUCAGCCCCCCCGUCCUCGUCCGUGCUCUUCGCGCGAGGCGUGCUCGCCCGCCUCAAUACCUGGGAAACGCUGCGGAUCGCAGUGCAGGAAGGCUGGGGCGGAGCAGGCGCCGUUCAAAAGCGGACAUACCUUGCCUCCGCGAUCGUCGACGCGUUCGAAGAGACCGUGCCCACCCCGGACGACCAAUAUGUCGAAGAGAUGAUGCUGCAGUACCUUGCUGACGAAUACGACACGAUGGUCGAAGAUGGCAGCGCCGAGCCGGUUGCAGUGGACAUCGUUAAAAUGUGGGAUGCCACGAGGACCGGGAAGGACGAGCUAGUCGUCAAGUUCGAACUCAAGGCAGAGUCUCUCAAGGGGAAAAAGGCAGUGGCCCAGGAGGGCCCGAAAAAUGAUGACGAUGAGUGGGACGACGAGGACGACGAGGGUGAUGAUGAAGAGGACGAUGGGAUGGACGUGGACGAGGAAGCGCCACAAUUAAUCGAACGCAAACGGGAAGAACCUGUUGUCGACGAGGAUGGAUUUACGCUCGUCAAGGGAAAGAGCAAAAGUCAUAGAUAGUCUACAACAUCUCUAUCUUCGUUCUCAUCCAUCACAAUGUUAUGGAGAAAGAUCAUCUAUCGCUUUGGUUGCAGUUGCUUUGCUGUCCGUUCUUCGAAGGGGCCCUCGUUGGCCUAUACGAGAUUGACUCAAUCCUAAACUUCGAGCCACCAGUUUUCGAAACAGUUCGAGUUCGAGAGACUCGGUUUUUACCCCAAUCUCUGUAAACCAGACGGCUGGGUACGAUUCCGGUUCCGCAUGGCCACCAUCUGCCACUCGAGAUGCAAUGUGCUCUUUGAAUGGUAAACUCUAGAAUUUAGCCGUACACAUCUGUGAUUUAUUCUCCAAGUUUGUUGUCGUCACAAGCACGUCCGAUGCUUUCAAAUGCAGACGAACAAUACGUCGACUGUCGACUUCUGCCGAUGGACUCUGGCUUUCGAUCCUUGACACAGAGCAAAGGCUCAGGAUAGUUCCAUUACGAAAGGAAGAUGCGCACCGGACUGAAACCAGCUUCUGUCGUUCAAAUUCCAGCCAUUGGUGAUCGUCCACGGGUCUCAAGAUUCCUUGGAUGAUGUACUUCCCCUCAAGGCAUCCAUUCUGAAGUCGAGCGAUGUCAGCGCGGAGCAUCACCAGGGGAGAGAGAAAAGGGCACCUGAUUUUGAGAUCCCUCAUCCAGCGUUUCUCUUGCACUGACCCAUUGCACGCUGAGCCCUUGAGGGGCACUUUGGCGCAUCUCACAGACCAAUCGACAUAUGUCGGCGAAUGAUAUGGGGCUUCCGUUCAUGGUGCCAAUCAGAUCAGGUGCGAAAGUUGCUUCGAUGGCCCGGAAGCUCCGGUCAUCGGUGGCCGCCUCGAAGAUGUCAGAGAUGUGGGCUUUGGACCACGCUUCCAAGGAGCUGAGCAUGAGAUGGCACGUUGGGGUGCAUUGCAGACAUUAUGUGCAUAUAUGCGGGGCGGAUACCAGCCGAAGGUUUCAAGUUAGAGGGAGGCUCAUCGCAUACGUGUAUAUGUACAUGAGCUUGAGCUUGAGGCGGCAUUGAAUCGAUAGAGUGGCCAACAGAAUUCAAUGAAAGUUGAGGAUUACAUCCAGGUUGUUAGCUUCCUAGAUAAUCGCUUCGGUUGCAUGUGGUCAACGUGAGAGUAGAAGGAAGGUCACCCGUGACCUAGAUCACCAAAUGGGGAAUCACAAGGGCUCGAGAGCUGAGCGUCUUCUUCUCCGACUAUGAAUGUCCCUGGAGCCAUCAUCGGACUCGUAGUCACAGACAACGAUGCCCGUCUAGUGAGAGAGACUAUUCAGCAGAAUAAUGAACUCGUUGCCAGUCUCGAUGCGGAGAUUGCCAAAGCCCAGGCUGCCCUGCAGGAACUUCUGAAACAGCGCACAGAGGCGCACCGACUUCUCUCAAGCAGCGCUGGGCCGUCGGAAACUGAAGCAAUGUCUAUUCGAAAUGUCAUCCUCACGAAAGAGGCGCAUGUCGCGCGGCUGCAAGGGAAGAUCGCUAAUGCAGAGGACGAGCUUGAGAUCUUGAUGCAGAGGCGGGAACGUGAUCCAGGGAACGCUGAAGAUGCAGGGAGCGUGGAUUCAGAAAUUGCGCAUACACGAGCAAUUCUGAACGGACUGGUCGCAGAGCACGCUGAGCAAUUCGCAGCGCUAGAAACGCACCGUGCCCUCCUCUCUCCCAUUCGCUCUCUUCCUGCAGAAAUCCUCAGUGAGAUAUUCACCCACUGCCUUCCUCGAAACACUUUCCGGCAGCCGUCCGUGCGCAAAUCGCCACUGCUCAUCUCACGCGUGAGUCGAACCUGGAGAAGUGUUGCAUUGAGCACACCAGUCCUCUGGGCCUCCCUUACUAUCAAAGUCUCCGUCGACUCCUGUGUCCCGAGCCUUCCCAUUGUCGCGACCUGGCUGUCGCGCACGGGCUCGUGCCUGCUUUCGUUUUCCAUCACGGAAACCAUCCAAAAGGAUUACUACGAAGAGGGGAUGAUCACAUCUGCGCGGGUAUUGGAUCUUUACGCUCCGCACUACCGACGAUGGCAGAAUGUGCAGCUCGAGUAUCAGGAUUGGCGAAUCGAUACUGGCCUUUCCAGGCUGCCCCGUGACGCACCCCCAGGUGUUUUGGAGCGUCUUCAUCUCGUGCGGGAUUUCUGGCGGACGAACGAGUUCGUUAAUGAGCGGACGGAAGAGGAGAAGCAACUCAUGUUGCUUCUUUCAGCACCGCGGUUGCGGGAGUGCACCUGGACAAGCAACACCGAUCUGAGUGUGUAUUGUCCACCAUUAGCCCAACUUACGAAGCUCUUUCUUGAGCGGCCCAUUUCAUCCGAAGAGUUCCUACGUAUCCUGCGGGACGGGGUCAACAUCGAAGAGGCGCAGUUCUUCGUGCUAACAUCUCCAAACACGGAUGCAGACCCGCCUGUGUUGCGACACAAUCUGAUGGUGCUGGAGCUUACGGCAGAUCUGUGCGGGCGCUUAUUCCACCGCCUGGAACUUCCCCGUCUGCAAAGGCUCUCAAUCCGGGGCAUUGGCAUCAUCGCGGCGCCAGUGUGGCCACAUGAAGAGUUCAUUUCGAUCCUUGCCAGGUCCAAAUGCUCGAUACAUGCGCUCUCCUUGGCCGAUAUGGACAUGACGCCUGCCCAAAUGGCCGAGUGUCUGCAGCAGGUGUCUCAUUCACUAUCCUCGCUGACGCUGACCAAUGAACGCCGUAUGGCACACACCAUCAUCGACGAGCGCGUGCUAAGUCUUCUCACGUGGAAAUGCGAUGCCGCCGGCCAAAACAUCUGCCCCAAUUUGACUUUUCUCAAAAUGUGGGAUUGCGUCCAAGCGCCGGAUGGAGCACUGGCUGACAUGAUUGAGUCGAGAUGGAGGAAGCACGAUUCGAAUGGUCCCCGAAAGUCUCUGACCAUCGCCUUUCUUAUGGUCGAGCGCUCAAGCCAUCCUCAUGAUAUGCAUCGACUCCAGGCGCUGAAUGACGAGAGGAUGGGAAUCAGCUUGUUGUUUAGAAACUAAUCUAAUCUGCUCAUCAAUCAAAGUGACUCACCGCACGUGACCGUGAUUCGACGCGCUUCCGACGCUUCAGUCUUUCAAUAAAUAACCCUCUUCCUUUUCACGCCUCAUCUUUGACCCACCAUGUAUCCCACCGAACAAGAACAUGCAGUGAUUCUCGCUGCCGAGAGAAUGAUGGAAGAGGUCAUGGCGCGCUACGAUCCAUCACACGACGCAUACCACGUCCAACGUGUGCGCAAAACCGCACUAGCGAUCGCGAGAGCCGUCUCGCCGCAACCGGAUCUGCUUGUGGUGGAACUGGCUGCACUCCUGCACGACGUCUUGGACAAGAAGUAUGUCCCAGCAGACCAAGCGGCGGACCCAUAUGCCUUCUUCCUUCCCUUCUUCGAGGAUCUGGCCACGCAACACCCGCCCCUCGACCUGGUCAAGGACGGGCGUGCGCGUCUGAUUGCCCAGGUCAUCGAGCACGUCAGCUGGUCUACCGAGACCAAGCUGCGCAAGAACGGUGGAUGGACCGAGUGGCACGACUCGUGUGUCGAACUGCACUGCGUCCAGGAUGCGGAUAGAUUGGAUGCGAUUGGGGCUUUCGGGAUCCUCCGAUGUGCCGCAUACAGCGCUGCGGUCAACAGCCCGUUGCAUGUUCCAUCAGACGACUCUAAAUUAAAAGCAUCCGCUAUCCAACAUUUCCACGACAAACUCGUCCUGAUUAGGGACCGUCUCAAGACGGAGCCUGGGAAAAAACUGGGAGCGAAGAGGCAUAGCGUGAUCGUGGCCUUCAUCGAGUCGGUAGAAGAAGAGUAUCGUCCCGAGCUGGCAGAUUUGUGAGACGAUGCCAUGUGGAAUUUCUCCGACCAGUGAGCCACGAAUCUUUUUGGAUACCUUUCUCUUGUGGGGUCCAUCUAAUAUAGUCAGCAUUGAAUUUUGCCCUUGGCUUCCAAAUUUUCCGAACUCGAAACUGGGCUGAGAAGAGAGUGAAUCCACCACCAGAGAACAUGUCAGAUGUGCACAUCAAGAAAUUCGGUUGCAACAAUCAGCAAAACACCUUAUUUGACUGGGCGAUUUCGGCCCCAUUUCUCAACAAAAUCAGUAAAACUCAGUUCUGCAACAGUAUUAUGAACACCGAGAGAGACCUGUCCGCCAAUAUUGCAAUUAUCGGCAAGCGUCACCGGCGACAUCAUUUUCAAGCAGCGCACACCACUUUUUCUUGCCCUCAUUUUUUGCUCGAGCGAAACAACCUGACGACCGCGCCAUGAACCGCGCCAUUUCCGCCAGUCAUAUUGAACGCGUGAAUCAGAUUUCGGCGAGCAUCGCCAUGUCGACUGUCGAGGCCCUCGAUGCCAGUUUCGUGGUGCAAGAAGCCCUGCCGCGCAGGAGAUGCUACAGAUUGGGGAAAAGCAGCAACCAGGUCAUCUGGCCGCCGCACUUGGACGCUGCUCUUGUCAAAGGUGUUUAUCUUGAACAUAUGCAUAUCAACGCUCCAACCCGUCGUUCUCCAGGACUGUAUGCAUAUAAUGCUGAGCACUGGCGGCAAGAGAGCCAGCGCGAGUCGUGUGAUCGGGCCAGCACCGCAAAGAAGAAGAAAAAGAUUCCGCGCAACGUCUUUGUGUCCAAUAUCAUUCUCCAAGAGACGAACGAGCUGAGGACUUCGAAGCAAGUUUCGAGCCGGCUGCGUCAAAUCCAGGCGAGGGCGAAGGAUCAACGAGUCGUGGAUCUGCUCAACGGACAUGCGUUCUACGAGAUCCCCGCCCCCGAAGCAGCGAUCGCGGAGUCCCCGAGCCCUAUCGGCACCGCGCCUAUGCAAGUCGCGAUCGUGAUCGCCGCCCGCAGCGCCCCAUUCCCUUCCCAGUGCCCGGCGAUCAGUCUGGAGACCAGCACCUCGCAGCAGACGAUCGGCCUGCGCACGAUGAUGCAGUGGCGGCCGUCGACCUACGCGUACCGGGGCAUGGACACCUCCGUCGACCUGGUCUCUCGCGUCCGCCUCGCUCCGGAAUCGGACAUCGCGGUCUUCCGGCACGGCGAGCUGCUCUGGGCCGGAUCAAUCGUGAUUACGCCCGCCGGGAGAGUGUCGGAUCUGUGGCGAUACGCGUGUGUCCUGUUUCCGCAGCGCAGAGGGAUCUGGGAGGCGGCUGUGUGCAAAGCGAGCACCGGAUUGACGAUCACGCAGACGGUGUACCGCGAGCCGGGGACGUGGACCGGACCCUACGCCCAGCUUGUGUAUGAGUUUCAACCGCAGCCGUCGAGGCGAUGCCAGCGGAUGGUCAGCUUCGCACCGGGACUGCUUCGCCAGGCGUUGGAGGCGGGGAUGAUGGCCCCGUCGACCCUUCAAUUCCGCCCGUACCAGGUCGCUGGAACUCGUCCACAACUCGAGCCGGCGCCGGGACCUGGCUACGUGCUAACCACUGUCGUAAGAUCGGAAAACGAAGCCGGGGAAAACCCACCACCCGUUGGGUAUCAGGCUGAGCUUGGCUUCGCGCUGGUGCAAGAUAAUUCCCAGGAUCAUGCUAACAUCGCCGUCUACGAAGAACGCUAUGAUUUGCCGUAUGUGCAAUAUCGCGCCAGCUAUUGAUGCAUGAUGCGCAAAUGUUGAAAAUAUGAAAAUUUGUACAUAUU